ACAGAGGAACACGUCUGAGAUGUUGGGAACUCCCCAAUAUCUCUGAUACCAGCUGAGGCCGGCUGCAGACCGCUGCUGAAGAGAGUGGGACUUUCCACAAACUUCAGGAACGGUGUUUCAAAUCACCAGGACUCUGACCAUAAAAUCCAGGGUACCUUUGGUCUUCACCCCCCUUAUCCUGGACGGUGAGAAGCAUCUGAAUACCUGAGGCCACCAGAUUCUGACAGAAGCUAAAAGGUUUGAUAUAAAGUGAUAUAAAGAACUCUUUAGGCCAAGAUGGGUCAAGAGAUGGAGCAGAAUGGCCACACAGAAGUCCACAAACCUGUGGCUGGCAUAUUUCUGGAGAAGACAAAGGAAAAGAUAACAAUAUACCAAGCCAUGAAAAAACGUCUCCUUAAGCCAGGAACAGCAUUAGCAAUGCUUGAGGCGCAAGCAGCCACAGUGGGCAUCAUAGACCCGAUAAACAAUCGGAUACUUCCUGUUGCAGAUGCUGUUAAAGAGGGAAUAGUUGGACCAGAGAUGAAAGAGAAACUCCUCACUGCAGAGAAAGCUGUCAGUGGCUAUGUAGACCCCUACACCAACCAAAUGAUAUCUGUAUUCCAAGCUAUGCAGAAAGAUUUAGUCCCAAGAGAUUACGGGUUGAGGCUGCUGGAGGCGCAGAUAGCCACACAAGGCCUGUUUGACCCAGUGGAGAAGACAGGUAUCUCAGUCGAAGCUGCGAUUCAGAAGGGCUACUAUGAAAAAGGUUUGCUCGAUAACAAGAUGUCAGAGCUCAGAGUCUUCUACAAUCCAAGCUCACAAGAAAAUCUCAACUACAAAAACCUCCUUGAGAAAUGCACUGUGGAGCCUGACACUGGCCUGCUGCUCCUCCCUGUUUGCGUCACCUUUAAAGGUCUGCGAAGAGGCGUUAGCUCCACUCAACUCCUUGAAUCAAAGAUCAUUGACAAAGAAACAUAUGAUGAUCUACAGAAGGGAAAAACCACAACACAGGAUGUGAUGUUGAUGGAAACAGUGAAAGAAUACCUCGAGGGCAAAGGCAGUAUUGCAGGCAUUGCUGUAUUUUCUUCAAAUCAGAGGAUGAGCAUCUAUGCAGCCAUGAAGCAAGGCAUACUGAUGCCUGGAACAGCUCUAGUUCUAUUGGAGGCACAAGCUGCGACCGGGUUCAUGAUCGAUCCUGUUGAAAAUAAGAAGUUCUCUGUGGAUGAAGCCAUCAAGCACAAACUUUUUGGCCCAGAAUAUCAUGCAAAACUGCUUUCUGCUGAGCGGGCAGUCACUGGAUAUAAAGACCCAUACACAGGUGAAACUAUAUCCCUGUUUCAAGCGCUGUCAAAAGACCUCAUCGUCAAGGAACAUGGGAUCCGCCUACUCGAGGCGCAAAUCGCUACAGGUGGAAUAAUAGACCCAAUCAACAGUCACAGACUCCCCACAGAAGUGGCCUUCAAGAGAGGCUAUUUUGAUGAAAAACUUAACGCAAUACUUGAGGAUUCAGGGGAUGACACAAAAGGAUUUUUUGAUCCAAACACAGAAGAGAAUCUGACUUAUCUUCAGCUGAUGGAAAGGUGCGUCACAGAUCCCAUCACUGGACUGUGCCUCCUGCCUCUCCUUGAGAAGUCAGACAGGCUGAAUUUUAACUUCAUUGAUCACCAAACUAAAACAGCCUUCAAAAAGGAGAUGGUGAAAGUGACAUGUGGGAAGUACAUGGGAAUGACGGUAUCUCUGUGGGAACUCCUCAUGUCAGAAUACUUCGACGAGCAUCAGAGGACAGACAUCAUUCAAAAAUACAGAGAAGGGAAGCUCAGUAUCAAGAUAAUCAUCACAAUGGUUCUGGAAGUCAUAGAAAAGACUGUGAAAACAACAAAUGUUGUUUUUGAAGGCAUCAGAGAAACUGUCACAGCCAAACAGCUAGUAGAUGCAGAUAUCAUCAGUAAGGAGGUUCUGGAGAAUCUGGAAAAGGGAAAAAUUUCAGUGAAGGAAGUGAUUGAAGAUGAAAAUAUAAAUGUGUACCUGCAGGGCAAAGACAGCAUUGCAGGUAUCCUGCUGCCUGACUCUCAAAUCAUGACCAUUUACCAGGCAAAACAAAAAGGAAAGCUGAUGCCAGGAACUGCUCUGAUUCUACUGGAGGCACAAGCAGCAACAGGGUUCAUCAUUGACCCGAUUGGUAACAGAAAGUUUUCAGUGGAUGAUGCUGUCAAAGCAAAGAUUGUGGGGCCUGAUGUCUGUCAAAAACUGCGCUCAGCAGAGAAAGCUGUGACUGGGUACAAAGAUCCAUACAGCGGUAAAAAAAUCUCUUUGUUCCAAGCCAUGCAAAAAGAUCUCAUCGUAAAAGACCAUGGAAUUCGACUUCUGGAGGCACAAAUUGCCACUGGUGGGAUCAUUGACCCAGUGAACAGCCAUCGCAUUCCUGUCCAUGUCGCCUACAAGAGGGGAUACUUUAAUGAGGAAAUGAAUCAGAUCCUGAAUGAUCCAAGUGAUGACACCAAAGGAUUCUUUGACCCCAACAACAACGAGAACCUGACAUACCUGCAACUCAUGGAGAGAUGUGUCACAGAUCCCAGUACAGGUCUGUGCCUCUUGCCACUCAAGAGCAAAGGCAAGAAAAUAAACAUAGAUGAGAAUAUGAGAGAAGUGUUCAAAACAACAACAGUUACUGUGAAGUAUGGCAGGUUCAAGGGCAAGCACACAACACUGUGGGAUAUCAUCAAUUCAGAGUAUCUGUCUGAGGAUAAAAGACAGGAGUUCUUCAAGCUCUUCAAGUCAAGAAAAAUCACCAUCGAGCAACUCAUUGUCACCAUCACAGAGAUCAUUGAGAGCAAAGAGAUUAAAAAACAAGCAGGGCUGAACUUUGAAGGUCUCAGGGGAAAUAUCUCAAUUGUGGACUUGCUGGAGCUGGAAAUUGUGGAUGAAAAAACAUACUGCAGCUUGGUCGAUGGACAGAUGACAAGCAGUGAUGUGAUGAAUAUGAACAAUGUGAGAGACUACCUACGAGGAAAAGGUUGUGUGGCGGGGGUGAUACUGCAACCCUCCAAUCAGAAGCUGAGCAUCUAUGAGGCACAAAGAAUUGGCAUUCUCACACCUGGGACUGCCCUUUGCCUCCUUGAAGCACAAGCGGCCACAGGGUUUAUUGUUGAUCCUCUGAAAAACAAAAACCUCACAGUGGAACAAGCUCUCAAAGAAAAGGUUAUCUGUCCUAAGAUAUAUGAAAAGCUCUUGUCUGCGGAGAGGGCCGUCACUGGAUACAGAGAUCCAUACACUGAUCAAAAGAUCUCACUUUUCCAAGCCUUGAAAAAGGAUUUAAUUGUCAAACAGCAUGGCAUCCGUUUACUUGAGGCCCAGAUUGCUACAGGUGGUAUCAUUGAUCCCUUGAAGUGUCUUCACUUGCCUCUUGAGGUUGCAUACAGGAAAGGCUAUUUUGAUGCAGAUCUCAAUCAAGUCCUGUCAGACCCAAGUGAUGACACAAAGGGCUUUUUUGACCCAAACACACAAGAAAACCUGACAUACAUGGAGAUGUUGGGUAGAUGUGUCAAAGACAAGGAAACAGGACUGUUUCUCCUGCCAAUGAAUGACACACGAAAAGCUACAGAAAAAAAGUCAAAAAUGUACACCGACACAGAGAUAAAGCAAGAGUUUGAAAAGACAACUGUGAACAUCUCUGUAGGACGCUUCUCAGGAAAAUCAGUGUCACUCUGGGACUUGAUUCAUUCUGGAUACUUCACUGAGGAACAGAGGGUUGAAUUCAUUGAAAAAUACAGAACAAGAAAGAUUACCAUGGAAACCAUAAUUACAUCAGUGACUUCCACCAUUGACAAACUGGAGAAAAUUGAAAAUCUCCAAAUGGUAAUGGGACUGCGAAAGCCUGUCUCUGCACAACAACUACUGGAUUCAGACAUCAUUGAUGCACAAACAUUCAAACAGGUGAAAGAGGGAAAACUCACUCUUGAAGCAGUCACCCAACAUGAACCUGUGAGAGGAUACCUGAAGGGAACCGGAAGCAUCGCUGGAAUUAAGGUUCACGCAUCCAAAGAGGUAAUGAGCAUAUAUGAAGCAAAAAAGAAAGAUCUGCUGACACCUGGCAUUGCCCUUGAACUGCUUGAAGCGCAGGCUGCAACAGGAUGGAUCAUUGAUCCUAUCAAAAACAAGCUCUAUGCCGUUGAUGAGGCAGCAAAGGAGAAAGUAAUUGGACCAGAUGUCCAUGAGCAACUUCUCUCAGCUGAACGAGCUGUGACCGGCUAUCAAGAUCCAUACACAGAUGCAACAAUAUCCUUGUUUGAAGCCAUGAAUGAAGAGCUGAUUCAAAGAAACGAUGGCAUUCGUCUUCUUGAGGUACAGAUGGCAACUGGAGGAAUAAUUGACCCGAAUCAAAGCCUCAGACUACCCGUUCAUGUUGCGAUGAAAAAGGGCUGUCUCGAUGAAGAAACAAGCAAGAUUCUGCUGAACCCCACGGAUGACGCAAAGGGAUACUUUGACCCAAAUACCAAAGAAAACCUCUCUUACCUCCAGCUCAUAAAGCGGUGUGAGAAAGAUCCUGAAACUGGGCUAAUGCUUCUACCCCUGUACGAAGAGGAAUCCCAUGAAUUUCACACAGAUGAGAAAGUAGAGCUUGAGUUCAAAAACAAAACUGUUGCCAUGAAUGUAGGAAGAUUUAAAAACAAAGAGGUGACAUUGUGGGAAGUGUUGCUAUCUGAAUACAUAUCAGAACAAAAAAGGGGCCAGCUCAUACAACAGUACAAGACAGGAACGAUGAAAAUAGAGGAGAUCAUUGAAAUACUCACUGUAAUCAUUACAGAGGUGUCAUCCAAAGAAAGAAAGUUCAAAGGACUAAGAAAGCAGGUCUCAGCCAGUGAGUUGUAUGAGUCAAAGAUUAUCUCAAAGGAACUUUUCACACAGAUUAUUAAAGGGGAAGUGACUGAAGACAAUGUUGAUGAAAUGGAAACAAUUCAACGGUUCCUUGGAGCGACAAACUCCAUAGCAGGUGUGAGAGUUGAAUCUACGAGGAAAGUAAUGAGCAUCUAUGAAGCCAAAAGCAAAGGCCUGCUGACUCCUGGUACUUCUCUGGUUCUGCUGGAGGCCCAGGCGGCCACUGGCUUUGUCAUCGACCCUGUGAACAACAAGAAACUUUCUGUAGAGGAAUCUGUGGCUCAAGGAGUAGUGGGGACAGAGUGGAAAAAGAAACUGCUAUCAGCAGAAAGAGCAGUUACAGGAUACAAAGAUCCCUACACUGGAAACACAAUUUCUCUCUUCCAGGCCUUGAAGAAAGAUCUUAUCGUCAAAGAUCAUGGGAUUCGUCUCCUUGAAGCACAGAUUGCCACAGGAGGUAUAAUUGAUCCAGUGUACAGUCACAGAGUGCCUGUACAGGUGGCGUAUCAAAGAGGUUACUUUGAUGAGGAAAUGAACCAGAUUCUGUCUGACCCUGAUGAUGACACCAAGGGUUUCUUUGACCCCAACACACAAGAGAACCUCACCUAUCUCCAGCUGGUUGAGAGGUGUGUCACAGAUCCCAUCACAGGACUUAGCUUACUGUCCAUCGUAAAGAAAGGAGAGUUUUACUUCUUUGUUGAUGAGGCAACAAAACUCAUUCUGAAAUCCACAACAACAACCAAAGCAGGAGGGAAAUACCAGGGAAAAACACUUUCUCUGUGGGAUUUGCUCUACUCCAAACACAUCACAGAGGAGAAGAGGAGAGAGCUUGUGCAGCAGUACAAGUCUGGAUCAAUCACAAUUGAACGCUUCAUGGAAAUCAUCCUGACAAUCAUUCAGAAGCAGACUGCAACAACCUCAUCGUCAUCACUCGUCACAUGCCAACCACCAGAAACAAAAGUUGACAGCAGCACAACCAAAACUACCGUCACCACAACAACAACAGAGACAAGUGAAGUAAAAAAAUUCCAUGGAAUCAGAAAGGAUGUCACAGCUACUGAGUUGCUUGAAUCAAAAAUCAUCGAUGCAGACCUCUACAAAGACCUUAGUGCUGGAAAAGUCACGGUGACUGAAGUAAGUGAAAUGGACUCAGUACGCAAGUACCUAGAGGGAACUAACUGCAUCGCAGGGGUGUACCUGCAGUCUACCAAAGAGACAAUGAGCAUCUAUGAAGCCAAAAGCAAAGGCCUGCUGACUCCUGGUACUUCUCUGGUUCUGCUGGAGGCCCAGGCGGCCACUGGCUUUGUCAUCGACCCUGUGAACAACAAGAAACUUUCUGUAGAGGAAUCUGUGGCUCAAGGAGUAGUGGGGACAGAGUGGAAAAACAAACUGCUUUCAGCAGAAAGAGCAGUUACAGGAUACAAAGAUCCCUACACUGGAAACACAAUUUCUCUGUUCCAGGCCAUGACAAAAGAUCUUAUCGUCAAAGAUCAUGGGAUUCGUCUCCUUGAAGCGCAAAUUGCCACAGGAGGUAUAAUUGAUCCAGUGUACAGUCACAGAGUGCCUGUACAGGUGGCGUAUCAAAGAGGUUACUUUGAUGAGGAAAUGAACCAGAUUCUGUCUGACCCUGAUGAUGACACCAAGGGUUUCUUUGACCCCAACACUCAAGAGAACCUCACCUAUCUCCAGCUGGUUGAGAGGUGUGUCACAGAUCCCAUCACAGGACUUAGUCUACUGGUCAUCGUAAAGAAAGGAGAGUUUUACUUCUUUGUUGAUGAGGCAACAAAACUCAUUCUGAAAUCUACAACAACAACCAAAGCAGGAGGGAAAUACCAAGGAACAACAGUUUCUCUGUGGGAUUUGCUCUACUCCAAACACAUCACAGAGGAGAAGAGAAGAGAGCUUGUGCAGCAGUACAAGUCUGGAUCAAUCACAAUUGAACGCUUCAUGGAAAUCAUCCUGACAAUCAUUCAGAAGCAGACUGCAACAACCUCGUCGUCAUCACUCGUCACAUGCCAACCACCAGAAACAAAAGUGGACAGCAGCACAACCAAAACUACCAUCACCACAACAACCACAGAGACAAGUGAAGUAAAAAAAUUCCAUGGAAUCAGAAAGGACGUCACAGCUACUGAGUUGCUUGAAUCAAAAAUCAUCGAUGCAGACCUCUACAAAGACCUUAGUGCUGGAAAAGUCACGGUGACAGAAGUAAGUGAAAUGGACUCAGUACGCAAGUACCUAGAGGGAACUAACUGCAUUGCAGGGGUGUACCUGCAGUCUACCAAAGAGACAAUGAGCAUCUAUGAAGCCAAAAGCAAAGGCCUGCUGACUCCUGGUACUUCUCUGGUUCUGCUGGAGGCCCAGGCGGCCACUGGCUUUGUCAUCGACCCAGUGAAAAACAAGAAACUUUCUGUAGAGGAAUCUGUGGCUCAAGGAGUAGUGGGCACGGAGUGGAAAAACAAACUGCUUUCAGCAGAAAGAGCAGUUACAGGAUACAAAGAUCCCUACACUGGAAACACAAUUUCUCUGUUCCAGGCCAUGACAAAAGAUCUUAUUGUCAAAGAUCAUGGGAUUCGUCUCCUUGAAGCGCAAAUUGCCACAGGAGGUAUAAUUGAUCCAGUGUACAGUCACAGAGUGCCUGUACAGGUGGCGUAUCAAAGAGGUUACUUUGAUGAGGAAAUGAACCAGAUUCUGUCUGACCCUGAUGAUGACACCAAGGGUUUCUUUGACCCCAACACACAAGAGAACCUCACCUAUCUCCAGCUGGUUGAGAGGUGUGUCACAGAUCCCAUCACAGGACUUAGUCUACUGGUCAUCGUAAAGAAAGGAGAGUUUUACUUCUUUGUUGAUGAGGCAACAAAACUCAUUCUGAAAUCUACAACAACAACCAAAGCAGGAGGGAAAUACCAAGGAACAACAGUUUCUCUGUGGGAUUUGCUCUAUUCCAAACACAUCACAGAGGAGAAGAGGAGAGAGCUUGUACAGCAGUACAAGUCUGGAUCAAUCACAAUUGAACGCUUCAUGGAAAUCAUCCUGACAAUCAUUCAGAAGCAGACUGCAACAACCUCGUCGUCAUCACUCGUCACAUGCCAACCACCAGAAACAAAAGUGGACAGCAGCACAACCAAAACUACCAUCACCACAACAACCACAGAGACAAGUGAAGUAAAAAAAUUCCAUGGAAUCAGAAAGGAUGUCACAGCUACUGAGUUGCUUGAAUCAAAAAUCAUCGAUGCAGACCUCUACAAAGACCUUAGUGCUGGAAAAGUCACGGUGACUGAAGUAAGUGAAAUGGACUCAGUACGUAAGUACCUAGAGGGAACUAACUGCAUCGCAGGGGUGUACCUGCAGUCUACCAAAGAGACAAUGAGCAUCUAUGAAGCCAAAAGCAAAGGCCUGCUGACUCCUGGUACUUCUCUGGUUCUGCUGGAGGCCCAGGCGGCCACUGGCUUUGUCAUCGACCCAGUGAAAAACAAGAAACUUUCUGUAGAGGAAUCUGUGGCUCAAGGAGUGGUGGGCACAGAGUGGAAAAACAAACUGCUUUCAGCAGAACGAGCAGUUACAGGAUACAAAGAUCCCUACACUGGAAAGACAAUUUCUCUGUUCCAGGCAAUGACAAAAGAUCUUAUCGUCAAAGAUCAUGGGAUUCGUCUCCUUGAAGCGCAAAUUGCCACAGGAGGUAUAAUUGAUCCAGUGUACAGUCACAGAGUGCCUGUACAGGUGGCGUAUCAAAGAGGUUACUUUGAUGAGGAAAUGAACCAGAUUCUGUCUGACCCUGAUGAUGACACCAAGGGUUUCUUUGACCCCAACACUCAAGAGAACCUCACCUAUCUCCAGCUGGUUGAGAGGUGUGUCACAGAUCCCAUCACAGGACUUAGUCUACUGGUCAUCGUAAAGAAAGGAGAGUUUUACUUCUUUGUUGAUGAGGCAACAAAACUCAUUCUGAAAUCUACAACAACAACCAAAGCAGGAGGGAAAUACCAAGGAACAACAGUUUCUCUGUGGGAUUUGCUCUACUCCAAACACAUCACAGAGGAGAAGAGAAGAGAGCUUGUGCAGCAGUACAAGUCUGGAUCAAUCACAAUUGAACGCUUCAUGGAAAUCAUCCUGACAAUCAUUCAGAAGCAGACUGCAACAACCUCGUCGUCAUCACUCGUCACAUGCCAACCACCAGAAACAAAAGUGGACAGCAGCACAACCAAAACUACCAUCACCACAACAACCACAGAGACAAGUGAAGUAAAAAAAUUCCAUGGAAUCAGAAAGGACGUCACAGCUACUGAGUUGCUUGAAUCAAAAAUCAUCGAUGCAGACCUCUACAAAGACCUUAGUGCUGGAAAAGUCACGGUGACAGAAGUAAGUGAAAUGGACUCAGUACGCAAGUACCUAGAGGGAACUAACUGCAUUGCAGGGGUGUACCUGCAGUCUACCAAAGAGACAAUGAGCAUCUAUGAAGCCAAAAGCAAAGGCCUGCUGACUCCUGGUACUUCUCUGGUUCUGCUGGAGGCCCAGGCGGCCACUGGCUUUGUCAUCGACCCAGUGAAAAACAAGAAACUUUCUGUAGAGGAAUCUGUGGCUCAAGGAGUAGUGGGCACGGAGUGGAAAAACAAACUGCUUUCAGCAGAAAGAGCAGUUACAGGAUACAAAGAUCCCUACACUGGAAACACAAUUUCUCUGUUCCAGGCAAUGACAAAAGAUCUUAUCGUCAAAGAUCAUGGGAUUCGUCUCCUUGAAGCGCAAAUUGCCACAGGAGGUAUAAUUGAUCCAGUGUACAGUCACAGAGUGCCUGUACAGGUGGCGUAUCAAAGAGGUUACUUUGAUGAGGAAAUGAACCAGAUUCUGUCUGACCCUGAUGAUGACACCAAGGGUUUCUUUGACCCCAACACUCAAGAGAACCUCACCUAUCUCCAGCUGGUUGAGAGGUGUGUCACAGAUCCCAUCACAGGACUUAGUCUACUGGUCAUCGUAAAGAAAGGAGAGUUUUACUUCUUUGUUGAUGAGGCAACAAAACUCAUUCUGAAAUCUACAACAACAACCAAAGCAGGAGGGAAAUACCAAGGAACAACAGUUUCUCUGUGGGAUCUGCUCUACUCCAAACACAUCACAGAGGAGAAGAGGAGAGAGCUUGUGCAGCAGUACAAGUCUGGAUCAAUCACAAUUGAACGCUUCAUGGAAAUCAUCCUGACAAUCAUUCAGAAGCAGACUGCAACAACCUCGUCGUCAUCACUCGUCACAUGCCAACCACCAGAAACAAAAGUUGACAGCAGCACAACCAAAACUACCAUCACCACAACAACCACAGAGACAAGUGAAGUAAAAAAAUUCCAUGGAAUCAGAAAGGACGUCACAGCUACUGAGUUGCUUGAAUCAAAAAUCAUCGAUGCAGACCUCUACAAAGACCUUAGUGCUGGAAAAGUCACGGUGACAGAAGUAAGUGAAAUGGACUCAGUACGCAAGUACCUAGAGGGAACUAACUGCAUCGCAGGGGUGUACCUGCAGUCUACCAAAGAGACAAUGAGCAUCUAUGAAGCCAAAAGCAAAGGCCUGCUGACUCCUGGUACUUCUCUGGUUCUGCUGGAGGCCCAGGCGGCCACUGGCUUUGUCAUCGACCCAGUGAAAAACAAGAAACUUUCUGUAGAGGAAUCUGUGGCUCAAGGAGUAGUGGGCACCGAGUGGAAAAACAAACUGCUUUCAGCAGAAAGAGCAGUUACAGGAUACAAAGAUCCCUACACUGGAAACACAAUUUCUCUGUUCCAGGCAAUGACAAAAGAUCUUAUCGUCAAAGAUCAUGGGAUUCGUCUCCUUGAAGCGCAAAUUGCCACAGGAGGUAUAAUUGAUCCAGUGUACAGUCACAGAGUGCCUGUACAGGUGGCGUAUCAAAGAGGUUACUUUGAUGAGGAAAUGAACCAGAUUCUGUCUGACCCUGAUGAUGACACCAAGGGUUUCUUUGACCCCAACACACAAGAGAACCUCACCUAUCUCCAGCUGGUUGAGAGGUGUGUCACAGAUCCCAUCACAGGACUUAGUCUACUGGUCAUCGUAAAGAAAGGAGAGUUUUACUUCUUUGUUGAUGAGGCAACAAAACUCAUUCUGAAAUCUACAACAACAACCAAAGCAGGAGGGAAAUACCAAGGAACAACAGUUUCUCUGUGGGAUCUGCUCUACUCCAAACACAUCACAGAGGAGAAGAGGAGAGAGCUUGUGCAGCAGUACAAGUCUGGAUCAAUCACAAUUGAACGCUUCAUGGAAAUCAUCCUGACAAUCAUUCAGAAGCAGACUGCAACAACCUCGUCGUCAUCACUCGUCACAUGCCAACCACCAGAAACAAAAGUGGACAGCAGCACAACCAAAACUACCAUCACCACAACAACCACAGAGACAAGUGAAGUAAAAAAAUUCCAUGGAAUCAGAAAGGACGUCACAGCUACUGAGUUGCUUGAAUCAAAAAUCAUCGAUGCAGACCUCUACAAAGAUCUUAGUGCUGGAAAAGUCACGGUGACUGAAGUAAGUGAAAUGGACUCAGUACGUAAGUACCUAGAGGGAACUAACUGCAUCGCAGGGGUGUACCUGCAGUCCACCAAAGAGACAAUGAGCAUCUAUGAAGCCAAAAGCAAAGGCCUGCUGACUCCUGGUACUUCUCUGGUUCUGCUGGAGGCCCAGGCGGCCACUGGCUUUGUCAUCGACCCAGUGAACAACAAGAAACUUUCCGUAGAGGAAUCUGUGGCUCAAGGAGUAGUGGGCACGGAGUGGAAAAACAAACUGCUUUCAGCAGAACGAGCAGUUACAGGAUACAAAGAUCCCUACACUGGAAACACAAUUUCUCUGUUCCAGGCAAUGACAAAAGAUCUUAUCGUCAAAGAUCAUGGGAUUCGUCUCCUUGAAGCGCAAAUUGCCACAGGAGGUAUAAUUGAUCCAGUGUACAGUCACAGAGUGCCUGUACAGGUGGCGUAUAAAAGAGGUUACUUUGAUGAGGAAAUGAACCAGAUUCUGUCUGACCCUGAUGAUGACACCAAGGGUUUCUUUGACCCCAACACUCAAGAGAACCUCACCUAUCUCCAGCUGGUUGAGAGGUGUGUCACAGAUCCCAUCACAGGACUUAGUCUACUGGUCAUCGUAAAGAAAGGAGAGUUUUACUUCUUUGUUGAUGAGGCAACAAAACUCAUUCUGAAAUCUACAACAACAACCAAAGCAGGAGGGAAAUACCAAGGAACAACAGUUUCUCUGUGGGAUCUGCUCUACUCCAAACACAUCACUGAGGAGAAGAGGAGAGAGCUUGUGCAGCAGUACAAGUCUGGAUCAAUCACAAUUGAACGCUUCAUGGAAAUCAUCCUGACAAUCAUUCAGAAGCAGACUGCAACAACCUCGUCGUCAUCACUCGUCACAUGCCAACCACCAGAAACAAAAGUGGACAGCAGCACAACCAAAACUACCAUCACCACAACAACCACAGAGACAAGUGAAGUAAAGAAAUUCCAUGGAAUCAGAAAGGAUGUCACAGCUACCGAGUUGCUUGAAUCAAAAAUCAUCGAUGCAGACCUCUACAAAGACCUUAGUGCUGGAAAAGUCACGGUGACUGAAGUAAGUGAAAUGGACUCAGUACGCAAGUACCUAGAGGGAACUAACUGCAUCGCAGGGGUCUACCUGCAGUCUACCAAAGAGACAAUGAGCAUCUAUGAAGCCAAAAGCAAAGGCCUGCUGACUCCUGGUACUUCUCUGGUUCUGCUGGAGGCCCAGGCGGCCACUGGCUUUGUCAUCGACCCAGUGAAAAACAAGAAACUUUCUGUAGAGGAAUCUGUGGCUCAAGGAGUAGUGGGCACGGAGUGGAAAAACAAACUGCUUUCAGCAGAAAGAGCAGUUACAGGAUACAAAGAUCCCUACACUGGAAACACAAUUUCUCUGUUCCAGGCCAUGACAAAAGAUCUUAUUGUCAAAGAUCAUGGGAUUCGUCUCCUUGAAGCGCAAAUUGCCACAGGAGGUAUAAUUGAUCCAGUGUACAGUCACAGAGUGCCUGUACAGGUGGCGUAUCAAAGAGGUUACUUUGAUGAGGAAAUGAACCAGAUUCUGUCUGACCCUGAUGAUGACACCAAGGGUUUCUUUGACCCCAACACACAAGAGAACCUCACCUAUCUCCAGCUGGUUGAGAGGUGUGUCACAGAUCCCAUCACAGGACUUAGUCUACUGGUCAUCGUAAAGAAAGGAGAGUUUUACUUCUUUGUUGAUGAGGCAACAAAACUCAUUCUGAAAUCUACAACAACAACCAAAGCAGGAGGGAAAUACCAAGGAACAACAGUUUCUCUGUGGGAUUUGCUCUACUCCAAACACAUCACUGAGGAGAAGAGGAGAGAGCUUGUGCAGCAGUACAAGUCUGGAUCAAUCACAAUUGAACGCUUCAUGGAAAUCAUCCUGACAAUCAUUCAGAAGCAGACCACAACAACAACAACCAUCACCACAACAACCACAGAGACAAGUGAAGUAAAGAAAUUCCAUGGAAUCAGAAAGGAUGUCACAGCUACCGAGUUGCUUGAAUCAAAAAUCAUCGAUGCAGACCUCUACAAAGACCUUAGUGCUGGAAAAGUCACGGUGACUGAAGUAAGUGAAAUGGACUCAGUACGCAAGUACCUAGAGGGAACUAACUGCAUCGCAGGGGUGUACCUGCAGUCCACCAAAGAGACAAUGAGCAUCUAUGAAGCCAAAAGCAAAGGCCUGCUGACUCCUGGUACUUCUCUGGUUCUGCUGGAGGCCCAGGCGGCCACUGGCUUUGUCAUCGACCCUGUGAACAAUAAGAAACUUUCUGUAGAAGAAGCUGUGGCUCAAAGGGUGGUUGGCAGUGAGUGGAAAAACAAACUGCUAUCAGCAGAACGAGCAGUUACAGGAUACAAAGAUCCCUACACUGGAAACACAAUUUCUCUGUUCCAGGCCUUGACAAAAGAUCUUAUUGUCAAAGAUCAUGGGAUUCGUCUCCUUGAAGCGCAAAUUGCCACAGGAGGUAUAAUUGAUCCAGUGUACAGUCACAGAGUGCCUGUACAGGUGGCGUAUCAAAGAGGUUACUUUGAUGAGGAAAUGAACAAGAUUCUCUCUGAAGCUGAUGAUGAUACCAAGGGUUUCUUUGACCCCAACACUCAAGAGAACCUCACGUAUCUGCAGCUGGUUGAGAGGUGUGUCACAGAUCCCAUCACAGGCCUUAGCAUACUGCCCCUGCACAAGUGAAGCUUUCAAGUGGAAAAGCUUUCCAGAAACUUUUAGUCUCACAUUUUGUCUGCUUUGUGGGGAUGUUUGUAAAUCAAGCUUCAGUUAGUAUUAUUUCCUUUUUUGUGCUUUUCAAUGUCUUACAGGUUUUCCAACAGAACAUCUGGGGAUAAAAAUGCAUUCAUACUGCACUGUGCUAAAUACUGAGCCCAAGGAAUGAAUUACAGAAACUUUCUAUGCUUUUAUAGAAGUAGUUGUUUUGGUUUCAUCUUUAUGUGACUGAGCACAAUUAACCUGCAUGCACACACAAAACCAGGGCCAGGGCACUGACUGUGUAAUUUAAACAAAGUUCUAAUAAUCAUAUAAUGAUUCUACUUAGAGACUUACCUGUGUUUAAUAUGUACAAUGUGUGCAAUGACACAGCCUAUUUGCUCUCACAUGAGUUAACGUUGAAAAGUACCAUACAUUUAACUGUGAUGUAGGUCAUUUUCUUGUUACCAUUCCCUUUGUAAUUAUCUAAUUCUGAGCUUCCUUGAAUACAGACUGUACUUCACAGUAAAUGUUUUGCUUAAAUGCUUUAUUAAAACUGUGGAAUCUAUGGAAGUGAUUGCCUUCACAUUGACUCAACUAACUGGGGUUUUUUUUUUUUUUACAUGACCUAUUGACUGGACUUAAAGUUGAUUUACAUUUACUGCUUUAUAGCUUUUCUUACAAACCUCUAUUGUUUACUCAUUAAGCCAAAUGUGAGUAGUUAACACAGUUUAGCUUGGCCUGCCUUUUUUUUUUUACAUUGUUAGAUAAACUUUCUUCCUCUUUUUGUUCCACUGUUCGUCUCAAUAAAUAAGAAAGAUUUGAACAUAUAAUAUCUCUUGGCUUCAUUUCAACAAUUUUGCUGAAACAUGUUGAUAUUUUCAAAGCAUAUGGAUCUUGAUACAUUUUAAUUAAGUCAGCACAAGACAUACUGUACAUGAAUUUCAAGGCUGAAUAGUCCUCGCAUUGGUUGCAGAAAAACUAGAGCUCUUGACACACCUAUAAUACUUCCAGUCCAACGGGCAAAAAAAAGACAGUUUGUAGUUUCAAACAAGAGCACAGCAAGUCAGGCUCCAUUUGGUCAUUCUGUACAUUAAGCUUGUUGGUACAGCACUCUCUAGUGGAAACAAACUAUAUUACCAACUUUAUAGUGACAUCUUGAACAUUUAGUUAGUCUGGAAUUAUUGUAACUUGAUGUAAAAAAAAAAAAAAAAAAGAAAAAUAUUU